AUGGCAGCUCCAUCUCCCUCCGAGUUCCUCACCUUCUUCCGCCGCGCAACAAUGCACCCAGCCCUCAGACGCGGGCUUGCUAGCCGUCCUCCACGCGCCUUGAACUCGCUCUCCUCCCGCCCAUUCAGCUCCUCCAUUAUCCGCGCCGACAAAGACAACCUCAGCACCGACAGCAGCGUGAAGACGGACCUGUACCCCGACGACAAGCACACGACUGACAAGACGGACAACCUGGACGUGCAGUCCAAUAACAGCAAGAAGGGAACUGAGGCGCACGCAAAGGGCGAGGGCGGUGCGGCGACUAGCCAGGCUGACGAGAGGAACAACACGGAGCGCGCGAAGAAAGAGCAUCCGGAGGCGCCGGAUGUUGUGAUUGGAAUGCAGGAUGAGCGUGGCGCCAAGGGGCAUUAG